GACGCCAGCGUUUUGCUGCGUGGGCAUUCGUGAAACAAAACAGAAUUUUCUCCCAAAAAAUAUAUUUUUUGUACCGCAAACAAUCACGAAAAUGGCUUUUGAUUCGAUCCCGAAGGAUCAGCGUGCGUUGCGUGCCUGUUUGUCGUGUUCCCUGGUGAAGGCGAUCGAGCAAUUCGAAAACGAUGGAUGCGACAACUGCGAAGAUUUCCUGCGCAUGAAAAACAACCGCGACCAGGUUUACGAUUGUACCAGCAACAAUUUCGAUGGGAUGAUUGCUGUGAUGAGUCCGGAUGAUAGCUGGGUGUGCAAAUGGCAGCGAAUAAACCGUUUCACAAAAGGGAUCUACGCUAUAUCCGUCUCUGGAAGACUACCGCCUACCAUGAUCAGGGAGAUGAAGAACCGUGGCAUUCCAUACCGCAUCAGGGACACCAGCCAACGAUAACCUGUUGGGCUUUACGAAACUAUGACGGACUGUGAAUAUUUUAAACGAGAAAUACAUUUCUAAAACAAAGCAUCGUUC